GUUUUUUUAUAUAUGAUCUCUUUUUUCCUUUUCUUGCCUAUUCAAAUCUUAGCUUUUACAUAUGAAUAAUAAUAAUAACUCAUUUCUGAUGAAGUUGAUUUUUAUUUGGAUUACAAUUCUGGAAACAUAUUUGAUUAUGCAUUUACAGAAAUGAUAGGAUAAGGUGCUUUCUCUGAAGUUUACUUAGGCUAUAGAGUAGAAGAUUAAGAACCAGUUGUGUUAAAACAUAUCAAAGGCAGUAAAGAAAGAGUUGUAAAUAGAGAAAUUUAAAUUCUUAAAGCUUUACAAGGAUUACCUAAUAUUGUUUAGAUUAUUGAUGCAAUUAAAGGAGAUGAAGAAGAAUCAGAUGAUUUUUUUGAUUUUGGUGUUGUUGAUAAUCAAAAUCAAGAAACUCCAUAAAUGGAAAUUAAAAAAUAAUCACAUAAAGAAGGACAUAUUGAAGCCACUAUUAUAUUUGCUUAUUAAAAUACAACUAGAUGUUUAGAUGAUAUUCGUAAAUAUGGCAAUUAUUCUUUAAAACAAGUGAAAAAUUACUUUAAAUAAAUAUUUACUGCUCUUAAUAAAGCUCAUGAAUUGCACAUUAUGCAUAGAGAUAUUAAAGGUUCAAAUGUUUUAGUAGAUGAUAAUGAUAAUAUUAUAUUAAUUGAUUGGGGUUUAAGUUAAUUUUAUGAUGAUGGAACACAUCAAUCUACUAAAAUGGGUACUAGAUACUAUAAAGCACCAGAAUUAUUAUUGAAAUAUAAAUAAUAUGAUUAUUCAAUAGAUAUAUGGGCAGUAGGAUGUAUGUUGGCAGAUUUUAUAUUUAAGACACAUCCAUUAUUACCUGGAAAAGAUAAUGAAGAUUAAUUAAAGAAAAUAAUAUCUAUGUUGGGUACUAAUGAUUUAUAUGAAUAUCUAAAUAAAUAUCAGAUUGAAUUAGAUUUAGAUGAAAUUCCCUAAGUUUAGAAUAGAGUGGAUUUCACAAAAUUAGUGAAUAUAAAGAAUUAAAAUUUAGUUAGCAAAGAAGGGAUUGACUUAUUGGAAAAAAUCUUUAUUUAUGAUCAUGUAUAAAUUAAAAUAAUAAAUGUAGAAAUUAAGAAUAAAUGCAAGUUAAGCCCUUGAACAUGCAUUCUUCUUAUGAUUUAA